AUGUCAGCGUAUCUUGGGGUCGAGGCAGAUGAGACAUUCUCCAUCAAUGGCGAAGUCUCGAACAUAACAAUCUCGGACACUAUUAUUACUCAGGGCCUCGAGACUCACUCUUGUGGUGGACUUAUGCAAACAAAUACAGGAGGUGUUAGCAUCAUCCGAUCUCUAUACAUUGAUAACAAAACUCGUAACCCCAAAGUCAAGGGGGUCAACGAGUUCGUCAACAAUGUUGUUUAUAACUGGGGUGGAGGAGGGGGCUACAUUGCCGGCGAUUCGGAUGGCCAAUCAUACGCGAAUAUCAUGAACAACAUAUUCAUCAGCGGCCCUUCGACGAGCGUCAGCGCAUUUACCCGCGGAAAUGCAAACUUCCACGCAUAUGUGCAGCGUAACUAUUAUGAUCCCAACAGGAACGGUGUACUCGAUGGCUGGGAACUUAGUCAAUCUACUGACAAUUACUCUGGCGUCGACUUCCAAGCCAAACGUUACGACUACCCAACAGUCAAGACCCUCCUUGCUCCUCUUGAUGCCUAUGCCAAGGUUAUCGCCGGAGUAGGCGCGUCCAAGUCACGCGACAACGUCGACACACAGCUCAUCAACCAGGUCAAGUCACUCGGCAAGUCUGGCGCGCUCAUCUCUGAUGAGACUGUGUCCCCGUGGAGCUCUGGUGGCCCGAUCGCUGGAGGUACUGCACCGAAAGAUACGGAUGGAGAUGGGAUGCCAGAUGACUGGGAGAUUGCAAACGGUCUGGACCCGAACGUGAACGACGCUAUGCAGGACAAGAAUGGAGAUGGAUAUGCCAACAUCGAGAACUAUAUCAACUCACUUGUGUGA